GAGAUGGACAGGAAAGAUCCACUACCAUUAUCCCUGUCAGUCGAUUUCAGUUGCUAGUGGAGUGAGCAUUCUUAUUUUAAAUAUUUAAUAUUUUAACAAAGGGAUUAGUUUUGUACUGUGAUUACCUAAAACAAUGGAGAAGGAACCGCAACCUGAUUCGAUGGCAACUAUCACUAUUAAACCUGAGUAUCCACCAUCUGAAAUAUAUUCUUCAGAACCACCUCCGGCGUACCACCGUUCUAAUAGUUCAGCAGUUCAAGUGGCAAAAAUCAUUGCAGUAACAGUUGUCCUGGUGUCUGUUGUGUUAGGUAGUUUCUUACUAGCUUCUGCUUACAUUACGGCGACUGCUUCAUGCCGACAGUUGGAACAAGAGUUGGAACUACUCAAUGAAGCAGCCGACAGGUUUCAACCUCCUUUAUCACCAGAAGCACUUGUGCGGGAAGAUCCACAAAAACAAAGCUCAAAUGAUUUAGAAACUAAAGAAUCCCGAAGCCAAGAAAACGAGAACAAGAAUAAAAGUGUUGACUCCACAAGUUCUGAAAGUUCUGAAGACUCUGAAAGCGAUUCCUCCAGUAGUGACAAUGGAGAAUCGGAUGAAAAAACAGUUUUGCUAAAGUUACCUUUACAUUUAGACUUUGAUGACUUGGGAGCAUUACUUGAAAAAAGUAGAAAACCCAAGAUCAAUUGUGUAGUUGAGAAAAAACGUGCCGAAGAAAUUGUUGAUCAUAAACCCAAAGCUCUCAAUUUACCCUUUGGACUGAACUUAACAACUGAUCCAAGAUACGAACGCAUCAGCGGUGAGAGAAUAGCGAUCUUCUGUGAUAGCGGUAACGAACAAAAACAAUCACCCCAAGAAGAUGACCAAGUGGAAGAAACCAUGUUGAUACAACCGGUUAUGAUCCCAAUUCCCCAAACUCACUUCCCCACACACAUGGCUCAACAGUUCGCACAAAGGCCACCCUACCCAAUGGAAACCCCCAUGUCCCCACGAGUUCAACAAAUCAGAGAACAAAACCAAUUGCCGCCUAACCAAAUUCUGCAUCAAAUCGCACAGGAAGUUAUCGCUCAGAAAAUUAUGGAAAUGCAAAGAGUGCGAGAAGGCCAAAAUCAGGAAAUGCCGCAAUUCAACUCUGAAUCAGUGGCGCAAAAAGCUCCCAUACCUGAUGAAGUCCUUGCACAGUUGAACAGGUUCCCAAAUCGCGAUGUUAUUGUAACUGUUUCACAAGAAUUUGAUGAUGGAUUGCAAGAACUGAAUGAAGGCCAAGCCGAUCCUCAGAAAGGAGCAAAAACCAAUUUUCAACAAAUGAAUGCUGCUCCACAGCAAAUGCACACAGUUCCUCCAUCACAGAACCAAAGAGCUGGACCCGAUAUGCGGGCACAACCACAGUUGGUGAUGUCAGAAGUACAACAAGCCGCUCCAAUGGAAAUGCUUAAUGUCCCGCCUGUUGUUGCUGAAGCUUUGCAGGAGCUGAAGGUUUAUGAACAGCAAAGACAAAACGCACAAGAAAGGAAUGACAGACAGAUGUAUGAGAGAAAUCCAACAGCAGUUCCUAUGCGUAUGAUGCCUCCUGGACUCGAUUCUCAAACCACUGCUUCGGAAGAGCCUAGACCUCACUAUGUUCAGCCAAGAUCUGUGCGUUCGGUGGACGCUCUACUUCCCAAGGUUGAAAAGAGAGUCAAACGCUGUUCCUGUGAUUGUGCUUGUUAAGAAGUAAAAGCUAAAAUCCACUUUGUUGCUCCGUACUUCAUAACUACAAUAGUUUUUUAUUUUACUAAUGUAAAAUGGCUUAUAUGGAAAUAGUGUAAAUAGAGCUUGAAUACUAAUGUAGUUUCCAAUAGAUAGUAACGGCAGUAGUUUUUUUGUGAAUUAAUUGUAAAAUGCUUUAUAAUUAUGGUAUAGUCUUUAUUUUUGGACUUUUUGUGUAAACACAUUUGCAAUAAAUAGUUACACCAUUAUUGUAUGACAAUUUUAGAAAUAAACAGUGUCCCAAUGAUUGGAACAUUGCCUUCAUUUAAAUUGUACCGUGUUCUGCAGUUGAAAAUACACUUUUUAGACCUUC